GCGAAUAGCGCGGUAUUCGGUAGGUCGACGAUGGACAGAAAGGGGGAGGGACUUGCCGGCCGGAUUCAGCAAAAUGGCUCCGGCGACGCCCCCGGUCUGGGGGCCGGUCCCGCUGCGAGGCCCCGUCCGGCGGCGAUGAACAGCGUCUUCACGCGACAUAGAGAUAUGCCCUACCACCAGCAGUCCAGCCGCAAUGUGCUGGAAGCGCUGUACGGGCUGGAGCGGGCGCCGCCCGGCCCCGAGGAGGCCGGGGGUGCGGCCGUGGCGUUCACAGAUGGCACUGGCGCCGACUCCACUGGCCUCUCGCACCGGCGAGAGGGAAGGACGAGUGCGGCAGUACCAGCAGCUGCAGAGCGACGAAGCUGACCGGCGACGGCAGGAGC